CGACGUAGUCCGCCGUCAAUUCAAUCGCGACGCUGCAAGGUACCCCAGAUGCCGAUGGUCCGACGGACCCGAAGCUUCAGCUGUCACGCGAUCGACGAUCAGAAGCCGAGCGAAAGUAAACAUAAAAAGUUUAUUCACAAGUCGAUCACUAGUUCUACGGUAGACAUUGACCCACGUUCCAAAUCGCCCCUACGGUGCACUAAAACUCUUGAAGCUGGCACUAUCAAAACGCCUGCUGUCGAGACUUGGUGACUCCGAAACCUCUUUCCCAUCGUAACAUACUUCAAGAGUUUUAUGUUGAUUGAGGUUAGGGAAUGUAGGAAGAUCAUGUCUACACGUGUGAUGGAGUUCUGGACCCCAACCUAUGCCACUCCGUUCACCCCACAACUCCAGAAUGUUCAAUCUAGAGAAACCCAACCUGGGUGCAGUAAACGGGCUCUUCUCAAGGAGCAGUUAAAAGCCAUUGAGAUGGAACAGCUACGGCGAGAGCGAGAAAUCGAGUUGCAGCUGGGUGCCAAACAGCGCGAAUUCGAAGAGGCCUUACGCCGGAUCGACGAGAGGAGAAGAGAGCUACAAAAAGACACUGCCUUAAAGCUUCUCCAGCUCGAAGUUAACCGAGGCAAUGCAUCGAGGAGCGCAACAUUCGUCUGCAACUCUACUUGCAUCGGCCCACCGAAGCGUCGUCUAUCAUAUUCAACAUCUGCCAACCAAGAAGCGGGGCUAUUUCCGCAACCCCGCAAUGCUACAACAUCCGCAUACGAACCGCCGUCAUCCCCUCAACUUCCCCCAGGAAAUGGGCUCCGAGGACGAGCUGACGGUGCCAAGAAUCAGUACCCCCGGAAUGAGUUGCCCCUGUUCAAGAGCAUCCUCCUAAACCCGUCUUUCGUCACCAGUGGUCACACUUCGUCGACCUUUCCUGGCCACUCAGAUGUCGAUAGAACGCUUCAUCUCCGACGGCAACUAUUGGUAACACAAGCAAAAGGGCUGCUCCCUCUGCCGUCGAGCGUACAGCACGUCUUCGAGACCCUGCGUACGUCAUACAAAAGUUCCACGAGUUCGUGGUGGUACCGCCAACGAUUCCUCCACACACACGAUCUCAAGCAAAUUCAACAGCAGACACUCACAAAGCUUGAUAUUCCGGCUCGAUAUAUCAUCUACCACCGCAACGAGAUAAAACAAAGCAAAAACCAGUCGAGAUCGUCGAGAUCAAAGUGUGUAAACAAAACGACUACCAAAGCUUUUCAACUACGACCAACCAGCAUGUGGCGCGUCUUCGAGGCUCUACCCGCGCCGCGCAACAUUGAACGGACUCAACUUGUCAAGGCUGAACAUCUCAACUCGUCAGCGAUGACCGAGCGGCUGCGAAAACGCAACCGACUGAACACAGCGACUCCAAUGAAUGAACACCAGGUAACAAAUCCCUUUCACCUAGAUAUGGAUAUCGUCGUCUUCGUUGAUACCGGCCAAAGCCGGUUGGUAAGGGUCUCUUGCCAUCGGAAUCAGCUCAAACGCACGAUCGUCGUUCGCUCUAACAACCAAAACAAGAACCAGCCCCUGCCCCUCCUGCCAACAGCCGAUCAGCAUGCCGGUGACAAAACGCAUCAACAACGAUGCACGAUCCUCCUUGUCAGUCCUGCCGGCUCGGUUCGCUGCUACCUGUGCUGGAUCUGUUGGAUCAGCGCUGGAAAUAGGUACUGGCGAAUAUGGUACUUCGUAAACUGUGGUGUUGGCGAGAAAACCGAACACCCGAGAUCAGCUGUGCGGAUUAUUGCAUCCUGUGCUCUGCUAGCGGCCAAACAUCCCCUGAGUGAUGACACGUACGAGCUGCUCCUCCGCUUCAAACAUCUUGGACGAACUCUUCCUCUUCAAAUACAAGACAUGACGGGGACUUUCCGGAGAUCAGCAAACUUGGCUGUUUUGGGCGUCUUGAAGGACUGUGAACCUGACGCUACAAGCCACCACUACGGUUCACGGGUGGGGGUAUGUUGCGACGUAGUCCGCCGUCAAUUCAAUCGCGACGCUGCAAGGUACCCCAGAUGCCGAUGGUCCGACGGACCCGAAGCUUCAGCUGUCACGCGAUCGACGAUCAGAAGCCGAGCGAAAGUAAACAUAAAAAGUUUAUUCACAAGUCGAUCACUAGUUCUACGGUAGACAUUGACCCACGUUCCAAAUCGCCCCUACGGUGCACUAAAACUCUUGAAGCUGGCACUAUCAAAACGCCUGCUGUCGAGACUUGGUGACUCCGAAACCUCUUUCCCAUCG